AUGAAUGAACCAGACAGUGUCCAUGUGAAGCGUGCAAAAGUUUGUGAGCGUACAUCAAUCCUGCCUGAUAGCGAUGACUUUGUGGACGAUUGCCCUCGUCCGCGUGUAGCUAAAAAUACACAUACACGUGAUGUUAAGGGCAAGGACGUAAUCGCUGAGAGCAAUAAAACUGAUGGCAACGAUGCGGAUGCCAUUGGAAACAGUACGGAUAGCGAGGAUGAUAAUUCGUUCCCGAGCCUGGUUACAAGGUCGUCACCUGCUAUAUUUGUGAAGGCGGUUUCUGGCUUGUUAGAUGCUCAAAGGCGCGAUGUUCGUGAUAUGGGCCUUGGAUCUUUGUUAGAAUUGAGUAUAACAGCCACACCAUUGAAGAUGGGUUUCUGGAUAGUGAACAACUUCAAUCACUUGGAUCGAAAGCUGCAUUUAUAUGAUGGUGAAAAGGUGCACGUUAAGGAAGAUGAUGUGCAUGCGACACUAGGCUUGCCUCGUGGAGAGAUUGAUAUUAGGAACAAGAAGAAGAGAGCUACAUCGGACCUUCUUGACGAGUGGGUUAGAUUGUUCAACGUUCGGAUUUCGUCGAAUAUUACUGCGUCAAAGGUCCUGGAUAAGAUACGCGAGUGUGAAGACGGUGGUGACUGGUUCAAACGCCAUUUUAUCGUGCUAAUGGUCACCUGCCUGUUUGAGAGUUCGUCCAAUGGGAUGGCAAAUUUUCGUAUAGUUCAUAUGCUCGAUGACCUAACCAAGGUAUGCAAUAUGAACUGGUGUUCAUAUAUGAUCCGUUGCCUUGUGGACACUAAGAGAUCAUGGGAUUCGAGCGGUAAACAAAAGAAGUACACUGGUCCAUUGUUGUUUAUGACGCUAUUCUAUGUGGACAAGGUUGUCCUGUCGAUGAGAUCGGUUUCAAGGUCGUUUCCCAUAUUUUUGUCAUGGACCAAUGAGUCGUUAAAAAAUAGGGAGCGAGAUAAGAUUGCUUCUGGAGGUUUUGGGAGGGGGUAUGUUGAUGCAGACAUGCACGUGGUCGUCGAUCGUCCCAAACUCGAUAUAGUUGAGGAUGUCACAACCAAUGAUAACGAGGUCAAGAGCACAAUGGAACCCAGUGUUCAGGCCUACGUUCAAGAAUUUGCAUCUAAGACUCAGCUACUUGCUACAAUCGGAGAUGAAAUUUUGCAGCUGGUUAAGAAGGCACCACAAGUUCUUGUCGGAGAUGAAAACUUUAUGAAGAUACAAGGCGCUGCGCAAAAGCUUCUAGGUUUUUAUACGGAUGUUCCUAAAGCACACCUCGGUCAUCACGAUCAACGCCAAUGGAAUCAUACGGUCUCCCAUGAGCGAUACGGCCAAGGACAAUGCGAAUGGUUGUACAUAUUAGGCAUCUGGUCGGACGACGAUGAUGUUGGUGAUGCCCAUCACCAACAUACGAGCGGGAUUGGUGUGUGUUCUGGACAUAAUGAGAAGGACCAAACUGUCGAGAAGUCACCCGAUAUAGACGUUCAAACAGAGACUGUUUGUGAAGUACCUCGUGGUAAUGUUGUUAACGUGCCUGCGAGGCCAAAAAGGGACCCCAAGGCAGGCAGUGCAAUCAAAUCCCCUUUUAUGAAGAGGGAGAUUGAUGUGACGAAGAAACUGGACGCGCAUGAGAAUAUGGCUGUUAAAUGGGUUCUGAGGAAUGACCCUUGUGACGAACUGCUUUAA